AUGUUUCGCUCUACAGACAAUGUGUGUAGCCUGUACAGGGCUCGGGUGUCCCAGAGUUGGUCAGGUUACGCCUCCGCCUCCGAGGCCAAUACCUUCGCCACGUGCUACUCCUCGUGGGCCUAUCGUGACAUCUCCCACUUGACCACUGUCACUGCCACUUCUUACUAUGGUAGCCGCUUGCCUGCCCACACAGUCGAUGGCUACUAUUGUAAUUUCGAUGGAAGUUACUGCACUUCUGUUUAUGGUGGCCAUGCAAUGAAAGUCAAUCUGCCUGAACCCAUGGCCAUCCGUGUUGUUCGAGUGCAAGCGUGGUCUAAUACACAGCUCCCCGAGGUGUUCUUCGGUAAUUCGUCUGUAUAUUCCGAAAACCCGAUGAUCGCCACCAGAGCAGAAACGACACUGGACCCUUACUAUGUCAUCACUGUGAACCCGCCACAGGACAUGGUGGGCAAUUUUCUUUUCUUUCGGAGCCUGAGCAGCUACUUCCAUGCCUGUGAGAUUGUCAUUAUUCCCUUUUAAUGGCCAUGUAUUACAAGGUAGCUGAAACUGGA